AUGUGUGCCGCCCCCGCCGGUCCUAAACCCCCAGCUGGGGGGCCGGCUUUCUGCCAGCGAGCCUGGGCGCCGGUGUUGGCGAAGGUGAAGCGGGCGGUGGUGUUCAUGGACUCGGCUUGCGCGGAAAGCCUCCACUGGACCUGGGGCGGAAUGGGGCAGCUCUUGCAAGCCGGCGCCCUCAACGUCAAGGAGUUCUCCAGCUUCGAGUCCGGGGGUGCCCAGCAACCCAAGGCGGUCUUUGUGGUCAGCACCUUGCUGAAAGGCCGGACGGUGGACACCAUUCGCGACAUCGUGAGCCUCAGCGGCUUCCAGUACUGCGUGGUUUUCACUGGGGUCAGCCACACGGUCCACUUGCAGGCCUACAACACUCCCGCCACUGGGCCCGAGACUGAAAGCUCCAGCCUGGUGGUCUUCGAACAGUUCGAAGAGAAGCUUUGCCAAUGGAUGGGCAACAUGAACUACACGGCAGAGGUGCACCAUGCCGCCUUGUUUCUGGCCCCCGUGGUCGUGCCCCACCUCUUCCUGACGCCUGCCUUUUCCAGGCUUUUCCCUCUGAUGGAGGAGGACCUGGCCCAGAUCAAUCGGGCGCGGCCGGAGAAGAAAAAAAUUACUCACCUGAGCGACGUGGACUUCUCCGCUCUGCCUCCCGAGUUGCAGCUUGCCAUCAGGUCGCUGGUGUCUGACCUCAACGCCUUCUUUGAGUAUCUUGGUGUCCGGGAGGAAUGCUUUGCCAUCGGACCGCUCAGCAAGAUUAUUGCAGGGGAUCUGGCAAAUUUUUCCCAGGCCAAGGUCAGGAGGAAAAACGCACCCAAUAAAGCUUCUGUCGUUUUUGUGGAUCGGACAUUAGAUUUGACAGGAGCUGUUGGGCAUCAUGGUGACAACUUAGCAGAGAAGAUUCUCUCUAUACUUCCCAAGUUACCAGGUCAUACAACUGAUGUGAUGGUCAACAUGGUGGAGCUCACAAGCCUGCACGCUAAUGAGAAGAGUUGCGAUAUUAUAGCUCCUGGCUGCUUGGCACAACCAACAGAACCAGCUGCUAGAGCUCUGUGGGAGUCCUUAAUGAAUCUAAAACAGAAGGAAAGUUUGAUGGAAGUUAGAAGACACUUAGUAGAAGCCGCGAGCCGGGAAAAUUUGCCAAUCAAGAUGAGCAUGGGGAGAGUCACCCCUGAUCAGCUUCACACGUAUAUCCAGCUUUUCAAGAAGAAAAUUGAUGCUCUUGAAAAUCAUUGCGGGCUUCUGCAGAUUGCGCUGGCUGUUGUACAGACUCUAAAAGACCCUCAGAACGCCAAAUGGGACAACUUUUUAGCCUUUGAACGGCUAUUUGUACAGAAUAUUGGCGAGUCAACAUUAUUUAAUGCACUGAAGCAACUGCUACCUAUUAUCAAGUCUUACAGUAACAGGACAGAGGAUGAUUACACUCCCCAAGAGUUACUUCUGUUAUUGGUGUAUAUUUACUCCAUAGUGGGAGAAGCCAAAACUGGGAAAGAAUUAAAUGAGGCUGAAAGUCAAGUGAAGGAAGCCUUUGUCCAAGCUAUUUGCGACGAACCAGAGCUACAGCCUUUGCUGCAGAAAAUAAUAGGUUGUGAGUCUUCCACCGAGGUUACGUUUCCAAAAGCCACGGCUGCAGUGAAUGAGAUAUUCAAGAACCUAAGGGACAUUACAAGAGUUCGGUCACAAAUGAAACAGUUUAAUUCUCUACAUAUCCCGGGAAGCCACAGCCAACAGGCAUCUUAUAAACCAUUGAUGAAGCAAGUGCUGGAAGAAAUUUACAAUCCUGAUCGACCUGACCCUGUUGAUAUUGAACACAUGUCUUCUGGGCUUACAGAUCUUCUGAAAACGGGAUUCAGCAUGUUUAUGAAGGUGAGCCGACCCCACCCAAGUGAUCAUCCUACACUGGUCCUCUUCAUGGUUGGUGGUGUGACAGUAUCUGAAGUCCGAAUGAUAAAGGAUCUUGUAGCAGCCCACAAGCCCAGAGUAGAGGUAAUUGUUCUCUCUACCACACUCCUGACACCACUUAACGUUCUGGAGCUGCUUUUUGCCACAGACCGUCUCAAGCCAGAUAUUGGUAUCUGAAGUUGCCAAAGCAGGCAUCUGGCCCA